GAGAUGCGCAGGUCAUACAACAUAGAGGGAGGGAGUCAGCGAGCGAGCGAGCGAGAGAGGAGCGUAGAGCUUUCAGGGCAUCAGCGCUUUUCCGUUUUCUGGCAAUUCGCUCUGCCUCUUCUCUACUGUCACCGGGGGAAAAAACGGAAGGAAUAUGGUUACAUCGCGAGCCCCUCCCGCCGAAGGGCUUUAGCGGAUCUCUCUUGCAGGCAGCUGGGGUUCGGUCCGGUUUUAAACCCCCCAAAUAACCUCGGAGUCCUGCCUUUUGCGUUAUACCACGUCUUCUGGAGAACUGACGCUACGCCGAGGGGCAUAAAUGGUGGAAGCCAUAGUUGAGUUUGAUUAUGAGGCUCAGCAAGACGAUGAGUUGAGCCUGACUGUAGGUGACAUCAUAGUGAACGUGAGGAGGGAUGACGGAGGAUGGUGGGAAGGAGAGCUGGACGGACGCAGGGGCCUGUUCCCUGACAACUUCGUAAGGGAGAUAAAGAGGGAGAUGAAGAGGGAGGUGGGACAAACGGCUCCUCUCAGAUCUGACCUGUCCAACGGCAGUGCCAGUCCUGUGACAGAGCCCUCCAUACGGCCAGCUAGGAAAGGAGAGCAGAUUCGUAAGAGGAGGUGUAAAGCAGCAUUCAGCUAUUUUCCACAGAACGAGGACGAGUUGGAGCUAAAGAUAGGAGAUGUCAUAGAGGUCAUUGGAGAGGUGGAGGAGGGCUGGUGGGAGGGAUCUCUAAAUGGAAAGACUGGCAUGUUUCCCUCCAACUUCACCAAAGAACUUCAGACGGACCCUGAAGACACGCCCUCUUCCCUGGACACGCCCACUUCACAGGAGGAGCUUCAAAGCUGUCGGACCAGUGUGGGGAAGGACAGUCUGGGCAGUGAAAGUGAUGGAGGGGACAGUCGCUCAGAUAGUGGGUCUGGAGAGAUCCAGCCCAAGAAGGUGCGGGGUUUUGGCUUUGGAGACAUCUUCAAGGAACAGCCAAUCAAAUUGAGGCCUCGCUCUAUGGAAAUAGACACAGAGGUGGAUAAGGCUCAGGCUGGAAAAACAGCCAGCGUUGCCCCGGAAACCAUGAAGGCAGACCCAGACAGCAAGGUCAAAGCACGAGAGCUGUGUAAGGUCAUCUUCCCGUACGAAGGACAAAACGAAGAUGAGCUCACUAUCAAGGAGGGAGAGAUCGUCACCAUCAUCAACAGGGAGUGUGCAGAUGCAGGCUGGUGGAUGGGAGAGAUAGGAGGGAGGCAGGGAGUGUUUCCUGAUAACUUUGUCAAGCUGCUGAUUCCCGAAGUGGAGAAAGAGAGACCAAAGAAACCGCCUCCCCCCAGUGCUCCCUCCAGCAAACUGGCCACAGUAGAGAAAAGGGCGGAGGCCAAGAAGGUUCCACCGGAGCGACCAGAACACCUCCCCCAAAGAGAACCCGACCGAGGUGAGGAAGUGAAGGUUGGAGACAUCCCUAAGCCCACCCUCCCAUCUGUCCCUCCUAAGAAACCCCUCCCUCCAAAGACAGGCUCCGCCUCCUUCUCCUCCUCCGUGCCCCCACGACGCCCCGACAGACCAGAGAGACCUCCUACCCUACAGUGUGAAAGCCCUAAAUCUGAGGGCGGGGCUUCGAUACCAGAAUCCAUCUCUGACAAGUCACAUGACAUUGAUGUGGACCUGGAUGCGGUAGUUUCAUCCACAGAGAAACUGAACCACCCGACAGCAAUGAGGCCACGCAUCACAGACCGUCGUCCUCGCUCACAGAUCUUCAGCACAACAUCUCUUUCGAGCCUGGAAGUUGCAGAGCCCUCUGUCGGCGAGGAGAGGAAAGAGAGGGGGAAAGAGGAGAAGAAAGAGAAAGAGAAAGGGAAGGAGGAGAAGAAAGAGAGGGGGAAGGAGGAGAAGAAAGAGAAGGGGAAGGAGGAGAAGAAAGAGAAGGAGAGGGGGAAGGAGGACUCUCCGUCCCCCAGACCUACCGACGUCUCCAGGAGGAAAGGAAUCCCCACCAUCUCUGUACCAGACAUCAAGUCAGCUCUUCCCAGCAAGCCAGCGGUCCUCCCUCCUCCCUCCGGCAUCCCUUCUCACCGCCCCACCUCCCCUUCCACCCAAAACCACUCCCCUUCCCCUGUAAGCCCCUCCCCGGACGCCAGGCACCUAUCUUCUCCCUCCCUGGAUGAGCUACGAGGCCAGCUCAAAGACCUGAGAGCCUCUGUUGAACUGCUGAAGAGCCAACACAGGAAAGAGAUGAAGCAGCUAGCAUCUGAGCUGGAAGAAGAGAAGAGAAUUCGCAUUUCUUUACAGGUGGAGGUAGAGCACAUUAAGAAGAGCCUAGCCAAAUGAAUCCCCGUUGGCGCACAAUGAUGACAUCACUAUGCUGGAGUCAGGAGUUUCACAUCAUCUAGAGGCCCGGGCUCAGCCAAUCAAGUUUGUGCCAACAGCAGACAACCAUAGCAACAACAACAACAAAGCACCGAUAGAGUCAAGAUACAAACAAUUAUUCCCCCCUCACUUUUUACGAUUAUCUGUUCAUUUGUUAUGUUCAAGAGCCUUGUUUGUUUGUUUACGGCUAUCCGAUCGGAUUUCACAGCACAACUGGUACUCACCUGGGCAGGUGCUGACUGUUGCCAUGGCUACAGAACUAUGACGCAGGGUUGUGGAUGCCCGGGCAACGUCACUGGUACUGUUGUUUAAUCUCAUGACCAUAAAUGUGUGAAGAGCAACCAGAACUUUCAGCUGGUUCAACUCUGUGCAGGUCUGUCCACUCUGUGGCCUUCACCUUUUAUUUCUGUGUGUGUGUGUGUGUGUGUGUGCAUGCGCGUGUGUGCGUGCGCGCAUGUGUGUGUGUGUGUGAGAGAGAGUAUUCGUGCAUGCGCACGUCCGUGACCAUUCUCCCCUUCUUACACGGUCCCCAUGGCAACCCCUCACUGUGGCCUUCCUGUUUUUGACUUUCUUUCUUUCUUUUAAAUUACAGAGAAAACCACCCUCUGGUUUUUUUGAAUUCAUCCUUUUUUUCCAGGAUAGGGAUAUAUACUUUUAUAUUUCUUUGUUCUAAAGAUACAAUUAUAUGUCUGUGUGCAUAUUUUAAUAAAAAAAAACACUG